CGACCGACGAGCUCCCUCGCCCCCUGUUCAGCGGAUGGGGCUAGGUUUUGGCGGGUUUUGUUCUCCUUCCUCCUUCCUCCUGCGUCUCUCACACUCCACAGCUGCUGGCACGCCCUAGGGGCGCUGAAACCGGCCUCUCUGCAGCCAGUUGACAAUACAGGAGAAACGGUAUAAUGGCAUCCUAUUGUUGCUUCCGGAAGCCAAGGCAACCAACGAAUAUGCCAGUGCUGCCGAUUAAUCACGGCGAGUUGAUUUCAUUGCCAAAUAUGCUCGGGCUGCUUCGUCGUCCAGGUGUUGGAGUAGUUGAAAUCCAAGGUAUUGGUGGUUCUGGGAAGACAUGGGCUGCAAAGGCUCUAUACCGAGAGGCAAAGGCCUCAAAUCUCUUCGAUGAAUAUAUCUGGGUUUCAUUGUCAAUAAAUUGUAGCAUGAGAAAGUGUUUCAACAAGAUUGCAGCAUAUUUAUCAUGUAAGAUCAGAGACAGCUUGUCCGUAGAAAGCACUAGGACUAAAAUAAAGGAAUAUCUCACGCCACGGAAGUUCCUGCUAGUUCUUGAUAAUGCUUAUUUCACUGAAGAAGGAAUCUUAGAGUACCUGGGAGUUCCUAAUCCACAACAGCAAAGGCUUGGCUCAAAAAUCAUUGUGACUACAAGAACUAUGAGAGCAGUGAAUGCAUUGAGUGUCAUGCUGCCAAAUAUAGUAGAGAUAACGCCACAAACCCUCACUUAUGAGGAGUCAUACGACUUACUGCGCGAGAAGAUUGGAAAAGAUAUCAGUUUUGCGUAUGACUUAAUCAGCUAUUGCUAUGGUAUCCCACUCAUAAUCAUCCUAUUGGCUGGGGCACUGUAUGAUGCACCUAUGGGAGAGACAUUUAGUGAGUUGGUCACAAAUGCGCGUGAUGCUCUAUCAACCAAGAUAACAGUUUUCAACACAAUGGAGCACAUGGUGAAAUUUGGGUAUUAUCAGCUUCCUAGUGAUAAUGUGCGACGCUGCUUGCUCUACUGCUUAAUCUUCCCCGACGAUCAAGGAAUUUCAGUCAAGGAGUUAAUUUGGUACUGGAUAAUGGAUGGUCUACUCCAAGAAGAUGUUAGUUUUGAUGAGGCUAACCAUAUUGGUAAGGAAAUUCUUGAUGUCCUCAUAAAGCAUGGUAUGGUAUAUUUGGAUGACAAUGAUCACGUACACAUGCAUAAUAUGGUUAGGGAGACUGUAUCAAGAUUUGGAAAGGAUAUGGGUUACAAAGAGCAAGAUUACCGGUGUUUCGGCAAUCCUAUUAUCAAAUUAGAGCAUCUUUCAAAGUAUAGCAGUAGAGUUUCGUUAAUGGACACUGAAAUGGAAUGUCUCCGCGGAAGUCCAAAUUGCUUACUUAUUUCAUCAUUACUUUUAAGAGGAAACUUUCUUUUGAAAGCUAUGUCAGAAGAAUUCUUUAACCAAAUGGCAGGAACACUACAGAUACUAGACAUGUCAUUUACUCGAAUUGAAGUGUUUCCGCCUUCCAUCUCCUAUUUGAUUAAGCUGAGAAUGUUGUUACUGAUUGGUUGUGAUCAUUUGCAAGAAAUUCGAUACAUAGCUUCACUGGCACGGUUGGAGGUGCUGGAUGCUUCAGGUUGUAGUUCUCUGAAGAGUGUAGAGUCUGGGUCAUUUGACCGUAUGGUGUUUCUCAAGGUCCUUGACCUCUCUGCCACUUCCAUCACUUUCUUGAGUUCAAUUCCAGUAUCUAUGGAGCUUCGCCACAUCAAUCUACAGGAUUGCCCAUUUCUGGGGUCUGAGUCCCCUUAUGGAGUGUCAAAAGGCGGUGCUGUACAGAACCUGCAGCUUGGCAGUAUUGAAGAUCUAGCGGCUUGGAUGGGCAUGCUGUGGUUACCUUGUGGACUGACUUUCCAGCUUUCUGAUAGGUUUGGCAUGAAAGUAUCACUUGAUGCCAACAGGGAUAGUAAUUCAUAUGUUUAUGCCAGUGACACCUAUUUUUUUAAAUGCUUGGGAAAAGAUUCUCCACUGUGGUAUAACUGUUUUCAGAAGUUUCAAAUUGUCAUCUCCCCUUCGAUGGAUAGCGAACCCAUGGACACUGAUGGCCAAGUAAGAAAUACAGAUUCCAUCUUUGAGAAUUCGUACUUCAGGGCAAAGCGAUUCACACAUUCCACUGAUCCCACGAGAUAUCUGGAAAUAAAUGGUACUGUUGGUGUUCCAUCUGAUCUUGAUGGUAUUCUGUGUCAUGCUGAGCUGAUAUUGCUAAAGAGAUUAGUUAUGACCACCAGAUUCUCUGAUCUGAUUGUUAGAAGUAUGGAAGCAGUAAGAGAACUCUGGCUAGAAAAUUGUGACCACGUGGAGAGUCUUCUGUCCGCAGACGAAGUGCAGGCAUUGUCUACGGUAGGCAAUUUAUCAUCCUUAUGCAAAGGGGUAGAAGAUGUGACUAGUUUCAGUUGUCUGAAGCACUUGCUCCUCGAUUGCUGUCCGAAACUACUAUGCCUAUUCCCUUCAGCGCUAUGCCUUCCAAACCUUGAAACAUUGCAUAUAAGAUUUUGCGACGUUUUGGAGAGGGUGUUUGACAGCUCGGUCAUGGGAGAGGACACUCUUCCAAGGUUGCAGUCGCUGCAGCUGUGGGAGCUCCCUGAGCUAACCUGUGUGUGCGGUGGAGUCUUACCAUCUCUGAAGAACCUCAAGGUGAGAGGCUGCGCAAAACUGAGGAAAGUUCCUGUUGGUGUGAAUGAAAAUAGCCCGUUUGUAACUACUACCGGGGAGCAGUUGUGGUGGGACAGUUUAUUAUGGGAUGACGAGACCAUCAAGCGUUGGUUGCUGUUCAGAAAUUGGGGGCCCUUGCUACCUCAUCUUGCAACUGAAGGAUGAAGAUAUAUAUGUACAUAUUCAUGUGUUUCAGAAGCACUUGUCAGUCAUUCUACGGUUUCUCAGACCAACAAUUUUUUUUUGGCUUAACCUUGCUAUAUGUCAUGGUCGGUACACGGCUCGUAUUCUCUCUUAAUACAAAGAUACGCAGCUCUCCUGCAUAUUCGAGAAAAAAAGGUACACGGCUUGUACAAUUUUCUGAAUUGAUCUUGUAUUGAAAAGCUGCUAUCUGUUGUACCUUAAUUAAAGUCUGUAACAAUAACGACACGAAGCAAACAGUGUUUGGCUCGGCGCGCGCUAGUAAUUGAACAAGUUUAGCAAUUUUCUGCUACGUA